UUUCUAUACAGCUUUGCAAGAAGAGCUCGUCGAAUAGCCUUAUGAUCAGUAGUAGAUCGAGGAGAUGAUGGCAAGAUUUCUUCCUUCUGUUUGCUUUAUUUUACUCGUCUUGCUUAUUUGCAUCGAAACACAAGCUGGCCGUCUAGGCCCUACUCCUGAUAAUGAAGUGGACGCCCUUGGUGAAAUAGCUACACAAGUGGGGAAGAAAGAUUGGAAUUCCAGUGUAGACCCAUGCGUUAAUGAGUCGAGCUGGGCAACACCCAAAUCGGAUUUGAGGCCUUUGUACGACAAUUCUCUAAUAUGCAAUUGCUCAAUCGCUGCUGGUGUUCGUGUAUGUAACGUGGCUCAACUGUUCCUUAAAGGGCAGGAUCUUGAUGGUGUGGUUCCUCCUUCCCUGGUGAAGCUACCCUACCUAAAGAAAAUUGACCUCAAUCGAAACUACCUCACUGGUACAAUACCACCAGAAUGGGCUUCUACAAAGUUGGAAUACCUGGUAAUUCCUGCAAACAAGUUAUCAGGACCAAUCCCAAGUUACCUGGGAAACAUUACCACUCUGAUAUACAUGAGCUUAGAGGGCAAUCUGUUUUCUGGAAGUGUUCCCCUUGAGCUGGGGAAUUUGGUUAACCUGGAGUAUCUUAUUCUUAGUGCUAACAAUCUCACUGGAGAGUUGCCGAUAGCUCUCACUAAUCUAUCUAAAUUAACGGAACUUAGGAUUAGCAGCAACAACUUCACUGGAAAAAUACCCGACUUUUUUCAAAGUUGGAAACAACUUCAGAAAUUACAGAUUCAAGCUAGUGGCCUUGAGGGGCCCAUCCCCUCUAGCAUUUCGGUCCUGAGUAGUUUAACCGAGUUAAGGAUUAGUGACUUACUUGGUGAUGGUUCUGAAUUUCCAAACUUAAGCAACAUGACAAGCAUGACAAGAUUGAUGCUGAGGAGCUGCAAUCUCUCUGGAUCAAUCCCCCCAUAUAUAUCUGAAAUGACAAAACUACAAAUUCUAGAUCUCAGCUUCAACGGAUUCGUAGGAAAUGUUCCAAACUUUGGAGGUCUAUUCAGGUUACAACGCAUGUUUCUUACAAACAACUCGUUCAAUGGGCCUAUCCCAGACUGGAUCAGACAGCGAAAUAAUUAUGUCCAAAUAGAUCUUUCUUACAAUGACUUUUCUUACAAAUGGGCUGCGCCACCUACUUGUAACCAAACCUACUUGAAUUUGUUUGAUAGCUUCUCUGGACAGGACAACUUAACACUUGGCGGCGAGUGCUUGAAGACCUAUCCAUGCACGAAAGAUCAAUACUCAUUGCAUAUAAAUUGUGGUGGAAAUGCAAUCACCGUUGGAAACAUAGAGUACGAAGAGGAUCUAUACCAAGCAGGUCCAGCAAAAUUUGUUCCUAACUCUGCUUGGGGAUUCAGUAGUAGUGGAAGGUUUUGGGACGUCGACGAAACCCCUGAUCGAUACACAACAAAUAAUGUGUCAAUACUAAAAAUGAAUAACUCUGGAUUAUUCACGAGUGCACGGCUCUCUCCACUUUGUCUAACAUAUUAUGCACGUUGCUUGGCAAAUGGAAACUAUACUGUGAAAUUAUACUUUGCAGAGAUAGUAAUCAGAGACAACAGAUCUUUUUAUAGUCUUGGAAGACGGAUAUUUGAUGUUUAUAUCCAGGAAAAAUUGGUGCUGAAGGAUUUUGAUAUUAAAAAUGCUGCACAAGGGGUUGAUAAGGCAGUUGAUCGGGAAUUUAAAGCAAUUGUGAGCAAUAAAGAUUUACGAAUCCGCUUUCAUUGGGCUGGGAAAGGGACAACAAGUGUCCCACAUAGAGGAACAUAUGGUCCUCUCAUCUCAGCUAUCUCUGUUAAAUCUGAUUUCAGUCCACCUAAUGAAGACAUGAAGACAUUCAUUGUUCCCCCUAAUGAUGACAAGAAGAUAUUCAUUGUUGUUGGAGCUGUAGUAUCAGCGCUAGUGCUCAUUUUUAUAGUUCUAGGCACUCUUUGGUGGAAAAGCUACAUAGGAGGCAGGAUAUCAAGGGAAAAAGAGCUAAGAGGUUUAGAUCUGCAAACUGGUUUUUUCACCUACAGGCAAAUCAAAGCAGCCACUAACAACUUUGAUGCUGCAAAGAAGAUUGGGGAAGGUGGUUUUGGAUCUGUAUACAAGGGUAUACUGUUAGAUGGUACUAUAAUUGCAGUUAAGAAACUUUCUUCUACAUCAAAACAAGGAAAUCGUGAAUUUGUGAAUGAAAUUGGAAUGAUAUCUGCUUUACAACACCCAAAUCUUGUUAGAUUGUAUGGAUGUUGUGUUGAAGGAAAUCAACUAUUCUUGGUAUAUGAAUACAUGGAAAACAAUAGCCUGGCACGUGCUCUGUUUGGUCCAGAGGAAUACCACUUAAACUUGGAUUGGCCUUCAAGGCAGAAAAUAUGUGUUGGCAUAGCAAGAGGUUUGGCAUUCAUGCACGAGGAAUCAGCACUAAGAAUUGUUCAUAGAGACAUCAAAACUACCAAUGUGCUAUUGGAUAGGGACCUUGCCCCAAAGAUUUCUGACUUUGGUCUGGCUAAGCUUGAUGAAGAGGAAAACACCCAUAUCAGCACGCGAGUCGCUGGAACAAUAGGAUACAUGGCGCCAGAAUAUGCAUUAUGGGGUUAUUUAACCUAUAAAGCAGAUGUAUAUAGUUUUGGAGUUGUUGCAUUGGAAAUUGUUGCUGGGAAGAGCAACAUGAAAUAUCGCCCAAAUGAGAAUUGUGUAUGCUUGCUAGAUUGGGCACUUGUUCUACAACAAAAGGGUAAUCUAAUGGAGCUGGUGGAUCCACAGUUGGGUUCCAAGUUAAACAAGGAGGAAGCUAUUAGAAUGAUCAAAGUUGCUCUCUUAUGCACUAAUCCAUCGCCAGCACUUAGACCCACCAUGUCUGCAGUAGUAAGCAUGCUCGAAGGCCAAACCAUUGUUGAUGAAAUUACCAUGGAUCCAAGUAUAUAUAGCAAUGAAUUGAGGUUUAGUGCCUUAAGAGAGCAGUUUGAACAACUCCAACCAGUACCAAUGAACUCAAGUGGAGAAGAGAGCCUUAUACAUUCAUCAGGAGCGACACGGGUUGGAUCUUCUUCUACAUUUGCCCAGGAUCUUUAUCGAGUUAAUCUUGAUUCUCAGUAAUGCCAGCAUAAUAUUGCCACCAACCAUGCCGAAUUUGUUUUUCUAAUUAAUAAACACCACAAAAAAAACAAGGUUUAGCGA